AUGGAAAAGGUGAAGUGUUGUGGUGUUCUAUGGGUGGAGGGUUUGAGAGAAGCCUGUUGCCUUCACCGCGUUGUUAUUCUCUGUCUUAGGUCAAAGAAUCUCUUGAUGCGAACAGGCCAGUGUUUUCUCCUCAAUGGUUUCAUUUUCUUAGGAAGUAUAUUUGUCCUAAACUCGGUUGUCAUUCCUGCUUUGUGGUGGAUAUUACCUGAUCAAUGCUCGCAGCUUGUUUCUCAUAAAUUGUGUGCCUUAGGUGGAACUUUGAAAUUUUAUUCUUUCUUACGUCUUGCACUCAUUCAACUCUUUUAUGGGCUUUGGUUUUACCCAUUAUAUGUAUUUAGCAUAGUUCUGAGCACCUUAUGGUACAAUGACAUUGCCAAGUAUGGGUAUGCUGCAAUGGGAAGAUCUAAGUUUACUGUGGACAAAGUCUCCAGCCAAAACAACACACCAAUUAUGCAAAAUGCUAUUCAAGCAAAAAGACCAUCUGGCCUUGAAGGGGUCAUGAUUGGAAUAGGAGAGCAGGUGUACUCGAUACUCCUUUUGAGUGUUUUCUUUCUUGAGGUUUAUGCAACUGGUUUCAUACCAUUCAUAGGGAAGGUGCUCAAUUUUUUACUCCUUUCCUGGAUGUAUGCAUAUUACUGCUUCGAGUAUAAAUGGAAUUUCAAUGAAGUGGCUCUUGACAGAAGGCUGGACUACUUUCAAUCUUACUGGCCAUUUUUUGCUGGUUUUGGAAGUCCAUGCGUUUUGGCUAUAUUCUUUUUCUCUCCUCUUGUGAGUUAUGGGAUUAUGGCUAUACUUUUUCCACUGUUUGUUCUAACAGCAACUGGGUCGGAGGCUGACCAAGAAAUAUCUUUUGAAAGAUCUAAAUGGAGACCUGCAGGAGUGGAAAGGCUUCCGAUAUUUUAUGUUUCAAAUAAUGUGUCGAUGUGGAUUUUAUCUCUUUUACCCCUGGAGAAACAGGACCGGACGCAAGACAGAAAAGCACAAUAA